ACUCGAAUGAGUGGAAAACAAACGAUUCACACACAGUCUCUCGAUCCACCAGCCAGUCAGAUAGCCAUCUGUUUCGAUAUUUAGGCAGGGCAAAUAUGAAGUACAAAAUUCAGUUUAAAGAAUUCUGAAUACCGAGCACUUAUUGAUUGCGUUUGACAGACUCACGACUCUCAGACGUGGGACAGAAAGGGCUGACCGGAAUAUGCCACGCGAAAUGGAACUAAUGGCGACCAUUUGAAUCGAAUGGAUUCGUUAGGCUGCGCUUUAACGACAGAUCGUAUCAGAUUGCAUCAGAUCGUAUCAGACUAAACGGCUCGAACUAUCAAAUAAAUCCACAUCCCCUGGAGAAUUGUGUCCGCAUACGAGUAUCACAAUAUAAUUGCACAGGCCAGUUUAUGGACGCCGAAAUGACAAAGGUAGCUGAAGGUGGAAGACGCAACUGACGUCGGUUCAUCGGCCUCCAACCUGCGGUCCGAUCCCAUUCCAAGGAGAAGUAGAAGUGUACAUAAUUCACCAUGCGACGACCAAAAAUAUCACUGAAAAAGUAUUUUUAUUUCACACUGAUCUGCGCUCUCCUGCUCAUAUUUGGUUUCAAUCUCAAGGAAAACGAGAUAUGGAAGACCCGCAGUCCCCGAACAGCCCCGCUGACCACUCAGCAACACCAACAGAAGGCGCAACAAUUCCCCUCACCGGACGCGGACCUCGCCGGAUCCGAGGAGCUCAGCAAACGGCCUGAGACAUCUAGCUCCACUCCAGCUGAUAGGCCUAUAGUCGCCACUUCGCCCUCGAAAGCAGCAGGAGCAGAGGCUUUAGCGUUGGAGGGUCAGCAGACGGAGGAUAUAGAGGAGGAGGAUAUAGACGCCGACCAACAUCUGGAGCCGGAGCUGGAGCCGGAGCCGGAGCCGACCACAGCCAAGCUCUGGUUCUUCCGCAAUGGUGAAUACCAUCCACGCCCGGCCAAGACCUACAGCAAUCGGCGGGCACGCAAGCGGUACGCACCCAAGCUGCUGCCGCAUCAGGAUUCGCACAGCGACCGCAUUGUCAACCAGCUGAUGUACGUGCCGCACAACUACGAGCAAAUCAAGGCCAGUGGCAAGCUGAAAACCAUCCUCCUCUACAACGGCCUGGGUCCGUGGAAUGUGAAGAAGGGGCGCGAUGUCUUCCUGAGAGCCAAGUGUCCGGUGGAUACAUGCGAGCUGACUGCCAAUCGGGAGUUUGCCAGUACGGCCGACAUGAUCCUAUACAAAGACCACUACAUUCCCACGGCAAUACGCCGUCCCAGCAAUGCCAAGCAGGUCAGCAUGCUCUACUAUCUGGAGUGCCCCUAUCACACGCAGAAUGUCAAGGCACCCGAUGCCAUCAACUGGACGGCCACCUACAGACGUGACAGCACCAUCGUGGCGCCCUAUGAGAAGUGGCAGUACUACGACACCAAAGUCCAGCAGCAGGAGCAGGAUCACAACUACGCCGUCAACAAAACGAAGAAGGUGGCCUGGUUCGUUUCCAAUUGUGGCGCCAGGAAUGGGCGACUCCAGUAUGCCCACGAGCUGCAAAAACACAUCGAGGUGGACAUAUAUGGUGCCUGCGGCAACUUCAAGUGCUCGCGUAGUACGGCAGACAAAUGCUUCGAGAUACUCGACAACGAUUACAAGUUCUACCUGGCAUUCGAAAACUCCAACUGCAAGGACUACAUCACGGAGAAAUUCUUUGUGAAUGCCCUCAACCGGCGGGUGCUGCCAAUCGUGAUGGGUGCCCGCCCGGAGGAUUACGAGGUGAGUGCCCCGCGUCGCUCAUACAUACACGUGGAUGAGUUUGCCUCGCCCAAGGAGUUGGCCGAAUACCUGCGUAUUCUCGACGGGGACGACGAACUCUACAACUCGUACUUCAAGUGGAAGGGCACGGGUGAGUUUAUCAACACGUACUACUGGUGCCGGGUCUGCGCCACGCUCCACAACGAGGAGCAGCUGCGCAGGCCGCGCUGGUACGGCGACCUCAACGACUGGUGGCGUGGCGCGGGCGUUUGCACCAACGGCUCAUGGAGGAACUUCAAGGCGCGCAAGGACGUGAUCAGCGACGAUUGAGUGCUUGAGUCGGUCCAGAUAGUGGGCCUUGGCAUUGCGUAGAUCCAACUUCUAUUUUAAUAUCAGUGUGUAGCUUUGAUUUGUUGUUGUUUUGUAGUUAUCACUACCCACUAUCACUAUAACUAUCACUAUCCACUAAAGAAUGUGUAAAGAAUUGCUUCCUUUUUGUCGGCGUUUUAGGUGAAUGUUUUUUUGUAGCUAGCCGUAAGUGAACGAGACCUCGAAACUAGCACUAGCGUUGCAUGAGGAAAUCAAAAAGCGUAGCAGCGGAGCAGCAGAGCAGCAGAGCAGAGUAUUCAAACUAGCCCAUAGACUAAAAGAUCCCCCGGCAGAUCGGUGUAACAUAUACAAUACAACAAACAACAAAAACAUAAGAGAACCUAGAAACUUAGACUAGUUAUACGUGGAUAUACCACCAGUACAUACAUAGAUUAUAUAUUAUAUAGUUGUUUAAACUACCAGCAAGUCCAAUAUAGAGCAUAACGAGAUGAAAGACGAAGGGCGAAAGACGGGAGACAAAGGGAUACAAGCGAGUUAAAUGAAGUUUUUAUCCGUAGAUUGACCCACACAUGUAUGUACGAGUAUUUACUAGCUUAACUGCAGUGGGAAUGGGAAAGAGCCAUCAGCUAAAUAGCUUUGUAAGUGUAAUAGAUCUUUUUGUAAGCAUUUUUGGCUAGCAAACAACUGGUGGAUGGACGGAUGGAUAGCCCUAAAAUACGAGUACGUUGCGUGUGAAGUGAGAGCACUUCUUGAAUUUACAUAUAUGUUCUAUGAGUUUGCAGCUUACAUAUUAGAUUGUCUAGAUUGGCUCUUGGUUGGACCGUUAGUCGCAGUGGAGCUACUCGGCGAGGUUUCCCAGCCUGUUAGCUAACCAAUUAACUAUUUUAGGACCGAUUCGCACAAGCAAGUCCUUGGCCAAAAGCCAUAUCUGAACUAAUACAAAUACAAAUACAAAUACAAUCACCAUUCCUAUUUUUCACACAAUAUCAAUUAACAUAUUGUAUAUGAUUUCUGUUCUGUAUACAAGCGAUUUUUUUUUUGUUUUUCUACACUUUUAGCAAUAUUUAUAUUUAUUGUAUAACAUUUAAUUUAUAAGUAUGGAAUAAUAUCAUCUGUCUGUGUGUAUUUUGAUUGUGAACUUAUUAAAUUUUUAA